GCCACGUCCCCCGAGACGGUCCCGGGAACAGAGACGCCCCCUCUGUGCCCGCGGGGGGGGGGAGCAGCUCCCAAGGAGCUUCUCAGUGAAGCGCCCGCUAAACUUUCUGCAAAAGGCGACGGGGGGGGGCAGCUCUGCCCUGCCUCCUCGGACUUUCGGGUUUGCUAACCGAACCGGUCCGGCCAGCGAGGUUGCUUUAACUGCGAGCGGUGUGUGUGUGUGUGUGGAGAAGUGGGGGGGUGACCUCCUGAAGGGGGGCUCCUAUGCUUCUCUUGUUCUGUAUGAUGUUUGCGGCCUUCAAUUGGGGUACUCAGCUGACCCUCCCCAGUCUAAACCCCCACGACAGGUGGUGUCCCUGCCAUCGGCGGGGCUCUGUUGUAGCCCGAAGGCUCAAAGCGGAUAAGCGCUACUCCUUUUCCAACUUGCCCUAGCCUCUUGGGGGGCGGGGGGAGGACUAUGGCAGCCCCAGCAGUCAUCCCUGGCCAGAGCUGCUUCCUCACUGCUGUGCUUGGCCAGCGUUCACAUUGCACACCAUGCUGUGUUGGACUCAAAGUGGCUUCUCCUGCAAUGGGGCUAGGGUCUCCCAAAGGGUCGCUGGGGCAGGACAGGGAUGCCUUAAUACCUGGAGAGGUCCAGAACUUGGGAAUAAGAGGGGCAGGAAGAAGGGAGUGAUGGACUGGCAGGGAAAGGAGAAUCCCUAAGAUGUGAGGACCCUCUUUCAGCAAACCAAAAGAAGCCAUCUUCAACGCUGAGGAUGGUUACGUGAAAAUGUUCCUGCGGGGACGCCCCAUCCCCAUGUUUGUCCCCGAUGCCGUGGUGGCCACCUACAGCCUGGACGCCAAGCUGGAGCUGCCGCAGAAGAAGCUGAAGCUGGACUGGGUGUACGGAUAUCGGGGCCGUGACUGCCGGGCCAACCUUUUCUUGCUGCCCACGGGGGAGAUUGUCUAUUUCGUGGCUGCCGUGGCCGUCCUUUACAACGUGGAAGAGCAGCGACAGCGCCACUACCUGGGCCACACCGACGAUAUCAAGUGUUUGACUGUGCAUCCAGACAUGGUGACUGUAGCAACCGGACAGGUGGCCGGGACGUCAAAGGACGGCAAGGUGUUGCCGCCCCAGGUGCGCAUCUGGGAUUCCGUGAGUCUCAACACCCUCCACGUCCUGGGGCCUGGACCUUUCGACCGAGCGGUCACCUGCGUGGGAUUCUCCAAGUCUAACGGGGGUGGCCUCCUGUGUGCCGUGGAUGACUCCAACGACCACGUGCUCUCCGUCUGGGACUGGCAGAAGGAGCAGAAACUGGCUGACGUGAAGUGUUCCAAUGAGUCCGUUCUGGCCGCCACGUUCCACCCCACGGAGCCCACACUCCUCAUCACCUGUGGAAAAUCCCACAUCCACUUCUGGACCCUGGAAGGUGGCAGCCUCAGCAAAAGGCAGGGCAUCUUUGAGAAACACGAGAAGCCCAAGUAUGUCCUCUGCGUGGCCUUUACAGAAAACGGGGACACGGUGACUGGCGACUCCGGGGGCAACCUUUACAUCUGGGGCAAAGGGGGGAACCGGAUCUGCCAUGCGGUGCCCGGCGCCCAUGAGGGGGGCAUCUUCGGCCUCUGUGUGCUGCGGAAUGGGACCAUCCUCACGGGGGGCGGCCGAGAUCGCCGGGUGGUGCUUUGGGGACGGGAUUAUCAGAAGCUGCAGGAGAACGAGGUCCCGGAUGGCUUCGGACCAGUGCGCACCAUUGCUGAAGGGAAGGGCGACUCGCUCUUUGUGGGCACCACUCGCAACUCUGUGCUACAGGGGUCCUUGUCGACCGGCUUCUCUCUCCUGGUGCAGGGACACACCGAAGAGCUUUGGGGCUUGGCCACCCACCCCACCUUGGACCAGUUCCUGACCUGUGGGCAGGACAAGCAGGUCCACCUGUGGAGUGUGGCCACCCACCAGCCUCUAUGGAGCAAGGGAAUUGAGGAUGCAGCUCGCUCGGCUGGCUUCCACCCCAACGGUUCGGUACUGGUGGUGGGCACUGUCACGGGCAGGUGGCUAGUGCUGGACACGGAGACCCGGGACCUGGUGGCCAUUCACACGGACGGAGGAGAGCCCAUCUCUGUGGUCAGCUUGUCCCCAGACGGGAAGUACCUGGCUUUGGGUUCCCAUGAUAACUUUGUCUACAUCUACCUGGUUUCCGAGGGUGGCAGGAAGUACGGCCGGGUUGGCAAAUGCUCGGGUCACUCCAGCUUCAUCACCCAUCUCGACUGGGCCUUUGACAGCAGCUGCCUGGUCACCAAUUCGGGGGAUUAUGAGAUUCUCUAUUGGGAUCCCUCCACCUGCCGGCAAAUCACCAGCGCGGAAGCUGUGCGCAACCUGGAGUGGGCUACGGCCACCUGCGUGCUGGGCUUCGGGGUGUUUGGGAUCUGGCCGGAGGGGGCGGAUGGCACCGACAUCAACGCCGUGUGCCGCUCCCACGAGGGCAAGCUCCUGGCGUCGGCUGAUGACUUUGGCAAAGUGCACUUGUUCUCCUACCCCUGUUGCCAGCCGCGGAAGGGCCUCAACUGUCCUGAUGUACAUGGCACUCUUGACCCAUGGUUGCUGCGUCCCAAGAGAAGAAUCCCUCUGGGAGAUCAGUGGAGUUUCGACAAAGCUUCAGAGGAUCCUUGCAGGAUCAGCGUGCCUCCACCCCAAGACCUCCGGGCUUGUCGGACUACAUCUUGCAACUGCACCGCAAAGCAGAAUCAGGCCUCAGGUGUGCUUCCAGACCACCCAAGAGGCUCCUAGCAAGUCUUCCUAGCCUGGCUGGUAAGAGCAGCUUUAUUGACCAAUUCAAGAAGACUGGAAUCUGGUCUCCCUUCUGGGAAUCUCUCCCCAUUCAGAUCCUUUGGCAAAUGGCAAGAGGACCUGCCCUCUCCUGCAGGUCAGAAGCCAGGAAAGAAUUCCCCUCGGACCAAGCAAACGCCGCUGCCCCUGCCUCAAGCACAAAGCCCACCAGACCAUCCCUGGUGGACCUGGCCUGUGGCAGGCAUCCAACUCUGUGGCUGCUUGUGACUUGGGUGUAUUGUGCAAGUGAAAAACUGUGGAUCCACUUGCAAGCUGUGGUUGAGGGAACCACAAGCACACGGUGGAAAGACAACCAUCCUCGGAUAUGGGCUAAGCAAACCUGGGCUAAAACGUCUCUCAGCCUGA